GCAUGUUAGUAGCUCGCGAACGUUAGCACACGAUAGGAUCGGCUUUGUAAGAAUCACAGCGUCUGUCCACAUCAACCUCAAACUCACAAAACUCGUCAAACGGGUUAAUCAGCCUUGAACUAUUUACGAAAUCAUCCGCCUACCUGAAGCAUCAGUGACGAAAAAUCUGAUAGAAUAACCAGUUUAAUUAACGGAUUAAGCAUACAGAGAGUGAACUAUGGGCACAACUGUCAGUUGCGAAGGGUAGGUCAACAUAGAAGUAUUCUAAGUGAAGGACUCGUAAAUCUUGUAAGAGCGUGUGUAUCAGUGAACGGAGGAUUAUCUCAUACACUUGUGGCACACGUAGCAAACGACAAUGCCGACGAUAAAGCAAAAACUGUUGGAUGCCAAAAACUUGACGAUUAACUCCGCGACUAACUCCACGAUCAACUUCACGAUUAAUGAAGUACCAUACACGGUGUCCGGAGAUAUACCGGCUAGCACGUCACUCAACGUUUACAUUCGCGAUCAUGCAAAAUUACGCGGCACAAAAGCUAUGUGCCACGAGGGUGGCUGCGGCGCCUGUAUCGUGGCCGCGGAAAUCAAGGGCGAGACGUUGGCCGUGAAUUCCUGCCUCGUGCCAAUAUUCAUCUGCGAUGGAUGGGCCAUCCGCACAAUCGAAGGCCUGGGAAACAAGAAAGAUGGUUAUCAUUCGAUGCAAGCUACACUUGCGGUAAAAAAUGGUUCGCAGUGUGGAUAUUGCUCGCCUGGUAUGGUGAUGAAUCUUUACAGUCUCUUGAAAGACAAAAAGCUGACCAUGUUGGAAAUCGAAAAUUCGUUCGGCAGUAAUAUCUGUCGCUGCACAGGCUAUCGUCCAAUCUUGGACGCGUUCAAAGGAUUCGCUAGCGAUGCACCCGCGUCAAUGGUGAAGGAGAUUCGCGAUAUCGAGGAGCUCUACCAGAUCAAAACCUGUCCGAAGGACGGAAAGCCGUGUACGUUCCGUUGCGGGAGCAAAAAAUAUUCAGAAGCAAAAACGUUGGAUAUAAAAUUGGAGGAUUCGGAAUUCUUCAAAGUUUAUACGGUUGACGAUUUAUUCGCAAUAUUUCAACAAAAGCCGAAGGCUACGUAUAUAUUAAAUGGUGGCAACACGGCGCAUGGUGUUUAUCGCGUGGGCAAAAACGAUCUGCGCAUCGACAUAAACGACAUCAAGGAGCUGCGUAACAUCGAGAAGACCAAACAGUCCCUGACUCUGGGCGGAAAUAUAUCCCUGACUUUGGCGAUGGAGACCUUCCGAAAGUAUUCGUCCGAAACCGGAUUCAAGCAUCUGCAACAUCUAGCCCAUCACAUCGACCUGAUUGCCAGCGUGCCGGUGCGCAACAUAGGCAGCCUCGCCGGCAACUUGAUGAUCAAACAUGCGCACCACGAAUUUCCAUCUGAUCUGUUUUUGAUGUUGGAGACCGCCGGCUCCCAAGUGCACAUUCUCGAGGGACCCGGCCGCAAGCAGAGCAUGAUGCUGCAGGACUUCCUGAAGUGCGACAUGCGCCACAAAAUCAUCUACAGCAUCGUGCUGCCAGCGUUGUCUGACGAGUACCAGUACAGAUCCUACAAAAUCAUGCCCAGAGCUCAAAAUGCCCACGCCCACAUCAACGCUGGCUUCCUCUUCAAGCUCGAUGGCGGUGGCAAGGUACUGGAGAAGCCUAACAUCAUCUUCGGCGGUAUCAACGAGCAUUUCCUGCACGCAAAGAAGACCGAAGAGCUGUUAGUGGGAAAAUCAAUCUUCGACAAGCAGGUGCUGAAGACCGCUUUGGAAACGUUACAUAAUGAGUUGCAACCCGAUCACGUGCUACCGGACGGCUCGCCGGAAUUCCGCAAAACCCUCUCUGAAGGAUUAUUCUACAAAUGUGUGCUGAGUAUUAGACCAGAAAACCUGAACGCCAGACUCCGCAGUGGCGGUCCUAUUUUGGAGCGAGGUCUCUCUUCAGCUAAACCGGACUACGAUACGGACAAGAACAUGUGGCCCGUGAACAAGCCCUUAGCGAAGAUCGAGUCAAUUCAUCAAACCUCUGGUGAAGCCCAGUAUUGCAACGACCUGCCACCAUACCCGGGAGAAGUUUUCUGCGCCUUCGUCAGCACGGAAAUCGCUAACGGUAAAAUCGAGAGUAUCGAUGCGAGCAAAGCGCUGGCCUUAAAAGGCGUGGUAGCGUUCUUCACCGCUAAGGACAUACCCGGCAAGAAUGCGUGCAUCUCGAGUAACAAUAAACUGAUGAUGAUGAACCAGGAUGAAAUACUGUUCGCGGACAAGGACGUGCUCUACGCGGGUCAACCGGUCGGCGUGAUUGCCGCCGAGACGCACAAUUUGGCGAACGAGGCCGCGAAAUUGGUGAAGAUCAAGUACAGCGAGUCCUUGAAAAAGAAGCCGGUAUUAACGCUCGAGGAUGCGCUCGCCUCGCAGGAUGAUACCAGAUUCAUGGUGGGUGCCACCAUUCCGCGACAAAAGAAAGGAGAAAAUGUAAAGCAUGUGAUAAAAGACGUUUUCUCAUGCGGCAGCCAAUAUCAUUACACUAUGGAAACUCAAUCUUGCGUUUGCGUUCCCGUGGAGGACGGAAUGGACGUCUAUCCAACAACGCAAUGGAUAGACAUCAUUCAAGUAGCGAUCGCCGACGUCCUAGGCAUCAAAAAUAAUAGUAUCAACGUCUCUGUGAAACGAAUUGGCGGUGCAUACGGAGCAAAAAUCUCGCGAAACGCGAUAGUAGCCUGUACCUGUGCGCUGGUGUGUCACAAACUGAAUCGUCCGGCGCGACUUAUCUUGAGUAUCGAGAGCAAUAUGCAUACGAUUGGCAAGAGAGUCGCUACACGCCAAGAAUAUGAGGUCGGCGUGGACGAUCAGGGGGUCAUUCAGUAUCUCGAUUCAAAACACUGGGGCAAUGGCGGCUGCAGCUUCAACGAACCCAUCGCUUUCGCCACAGUUCAUCAUAUAAUAAGUUGUUACGUGGGCGAUGUUAUGGAUAUCAUUGGAUACGAGGUAAGGACCGACAUACCAUCGAAUACAUACUGUCGAGCGCCAGGAUCUGCAGAAGGAAUAGCCAUGAUCGAAUGCAUAAUGGAGCACAUUGCGCGGGUAACAAAGAAAGACCCAGUGCAAGUCAGACUGGCAAAUAUGCCCGACGCGGAUAAGGUCAUACUAGAAAAGAUGAUCAAGGAUCUGUUUAAAUCGGCUGAUUAUGACAUGCGGAAGCAGGCAGUUGAAACAUUCAACAGCGAAAAUCGCUGGAAGAAAAAGGGCAUUUCUGUGGUGCCAAUGAAAUAUCCGCUCUUCUACUGGGGUCAAUUCAACGCUCAGGUGUCGAUUUGCGCGCGCGACGGUACGGUUGUCAUAACGCAUGGUGGUAUCGAGUGCGGUCAAGGUAUACAUACCAAGGUUGCUCAAGUGGUAGCUCACACGCUGGGAAUCGAUCUGGAAUUAGUCACCGUUAAAACGACCAACAAUAUAGCGGCACCCAACAAUUCUGUUACCGGAGGCAGUCUUGGAAGCGAAUCAUGCGCACAUGCCGCAAUUCAGUGUUGCAAAGAGCUCCUCAAUAGACUCGAGCCGAUAAAAAAACAAAUGAAUAAUCCAAGCUGGAAGGACCUUGUUUUGAACGCGUAUGAGAAGGACGUUGAUUUAUGCGCGCGUUAUAUGUCCGCGGCGACGAAAGAGACCGAUGUGCUGCAGGCCUAUUCCAUUUACGGCGUCACUAUCGCAGAAGUCGAGAUCGACCUGUUGACCGGCCAGCACAUCGUCAGAAGAGUGGAUUUAGUGGAGGAUUGCGGAAUAAGCUUAAAUCCGGAGGUCGAUCUCGGUCAGGUGGAGGGAGCCUUCAUAAUGGGUAUAGGAUAUUGGACAUCCGAGGAACUUGUGUACGAUCCUAAAACAGGAGCGAUAAUGAAUGACAGAACUUGGAACUAUAAACCGCCAGGAGUAAAGGAUAUCCCAGUCGACUUCCGCGCGACUCUCCUUAAGAACUCAGCCAACACCGUCGGUGUCCUUCGUUCAAAGGCGUCCGGUGAACCAUCGCUCUGCAUGGCUGUCGCGAUCCCGAUUGCGAUGCGCAACGCGAUGAGCUCAGCUCGGGCAGAGGUCGGAAAUACGGAUAUUUGGUAUCAGUUAGAUGCACCAUACACCAACGAACGUAUAAUUCGAAAUAGUUUAACCAGCAAGGACAACAUGGUGCUCUGAGAAUGAAAACGUGACGUCGUCAUUGGCGCGGACAAAACCAACGCUUAGAAUAAAUUCUAAUGGUUAUUGUCGUUCGUUUCUUUAAUCGCUUUUUAACCAGAAUAAAUUUAAGGCCUUAUGCAACAAGAUAGUUCACUUCGAUUACGUUUCGCCGAAAUACAAGAGGUGUUAGGGUUAUGAUAGCAAUGCGAUCAACUCAGUUAGUUAGUUUUAACAGGCUCUUAAUACAACUGUGGUUUUAUGGUAAAUAAUUUCAAUAAAUAUUCUCUAUUAAACGCCA